GGUUCACGAUGAAAUCGAUUUUAAUAACGGGCUGCAACCGAGGACUUGGAUUGGGAUUGGUCAAGACGUUCCUCAAUUUACCAAAACCACCGAAAUACGUUUUUGCAACAUGCCGUAAUAUCGAACAAGCUGGGGAUCUUAAAGAACUCGGUUCUCAACACAACAACCUACACAUCCUCGAGAUAGAUCUAAAACACUUCGAUGCCUAUGGUAAGCUAGUCACUGAUGUAAGCAACGUUGUCCAAGAUGAUGGACUCAAUGUUCUCAUUAACAACGCUGGAAUAGCUUCAAAAUCGACUCGUCUCAAUUUCGUACAAGCUGAUUCGAUGAUUGACAAUCUAACCACAAAUACCGUUGUACCUGUUAUGAUGGCAAAGGCUUUUGCUGCCCUUAUAAACAAAGCUUCAAAGGCAAAUGCUUCUCUGCCCAUGGGUGUGAAUAGAGCUGCCAUCAUCAAUAUGAGUUCGAUUCUGGCCUCGAUUCAGAAGAAUGACUCUGGUGGCAUGUAUGCCUACAGAACUUCAAAAGCUGGUCUCAAUGCCGCAACCAAAUCAAUGAGCCUCGACUUGAAGGACGGCAAAAUACUUUGCGUGAGCAUUCAUCCAGGCUGGGUGCGAACUGACAUGGGCGGCCCAAAAGCCCCACUGGAUGUGGAGACAAGUACAAAAACCAUCGUAGAAACCCUGAUGACCAUGAACGAGUCCCAUAACGGUGGCUUCUUCGAACACAACGGAAAACCUUUGCCAUGGUAGAAGAACUAAACCGCAUUUCGAAUUUUGUCGUGCCCUUUAAACGUGGCGUUUGUUUCUGUUUUUCAUAAAAAUAUAAUUAAUUUGUUUUUUUAUUUAAAAUAAAUAUAACAGUAGUUGAA